AUGUGAGAGCAACAUCAACUGGCUGCCUUCCUACAUGGCCCGAUGGGACCGAACCCACAACCCAGGUAUGUGCCCUGACCCGGGAACUGAACGGGCAGUCUUCCGGCGCACAGGAUGAAGCUCAGCCACUGACCCACCCUGGCUGUGCUCGGCACAGCUGUUUUCAUUCAUGAGCCUAGGAAGUGCAAGGAGGGAAAACCUAUCUGGCCUUCUCCACAUCACUCUCAUCUCCCUGUGGGGAGUGGGGAGUGCAGGGCGGGUCUGGAGAGCUGGCCUACAUCAUCCAGGCCUCUGCACCCCUCCCUUUCUGUCCAUUGGGAGGCAGAAGACAGGAAAUGACAGCCAUGGAUGUGGUAUGAUUUUUACUGAAACAGCAUUUGGUAGCCUAGGCCACAUGCUGUCCACAUCUGUUUUCCUCUCAGAUACCAGCCAGGUGGCCCCCUCCCGUGUCCCUCAUCCCUGGCAUGACUUCAGCCUUUGGCUUCUCAGCUGCUGGCUGCUUUCCACAUUCCAGUCCCUUUCAGAACCCAGGCAGCCUAGCCUCCAGCUGAAGGCACGGCCUGUGGCUCCCCCCACCCUGGCCCCAUGACUCAGGCCCUCUUAGCACUCACCAGGAAAGGAGGGCAGGGGAAGGGGGGCUCCGUGGUGACCUCACAGUCGAAGGGUAUAAAAACAGCAUCGAAACUGAAGACACGAAACCUGACUGCGCAGCCUGUGUUCCCGGAGACCCCCGGCCCGACGUCCGAUCGCUGAGAUCUGGUCACAGAAUCCCGCUGCAUCAAGGCCUGCGCACGGGCUCCAUGCCGGGCCCUCCCUGCCUCCUGUGGCUGCUCCUGGCUGUCGCCUUCUCCGGGGUUCCCAGGGCGCAGCCCUUGGCCCUCCAAGACUUUGGAGAGGAGGAGGAAGAGGAGGCCCCGCGGCCACCUGGGCCGGCCGUCCUCUGUGACUACGACCGCUGCCGCCACCUGCAGGUCCCGUGCAAAGAGCUGCAGAGCGCGGGCCCCACCGCCUGCCUGUGCCCCGGGCUCUCCAGCCCCGCGCAGCCGCCCGCGCCGCCGCGCCUGGGGGACGUGCACGUGGUGGCCGAGGACGGCAGCGCCGAGGUGCGCUGGUGCGCCCCCGCCUCCCCGGUCCACCGCUACUGGCUGCUGCUGUGGGAGGGCGGCGGGCCCCCCCAGAAGAGCGGCCCCUUCAACGCCACCGUCCGCCGAGCGGAACUGAAGGGGCUGAAGCCCGGGGGCACUUAUGUCGUGUGCGUGGUGGCGGCUAACGCGGCGGGAGAGAGCAGCGCGCCCGGGCCCGGGGCGUGCGGCCAGGCCUCCGAGGGCUCCGCGGGCUCCGCGGGCGCGGGCGGCCCUGCCUUGGGGCCGUGCGGCCCGGUGGUCGUGCCCCCGCGGCCCCAGAGCCUGGUCCACGCGGCCGUGGGCGUGGGCGCGGCGCUGGCCCUGCUGAGCUGCGGCGCCCUGGUCUGGCACUUCUGCCUGCGCCAGCGCUGCGGCUGCCCCCGCCGCCCCCGCGCCGCCCAGGCGGGCAUCGGGCCCCCGCGGAGCCCCCGCCGGGCCAGCUGAGCCCGCGCUCCCCGAAGAGGUGCGGGCCGCUGCUGCCUGCGCAGCCCGGGCCCCGGAGCCCGCGCCCCCAGAGCUCCUGCGGGCCCCAGACUGUCUCUUCUGGCUGAAGCUGGGGAAGGAGUAGAAGAGAGGGUCCUUUCUUAAAGGAUCAGAUGGUAAAGAACUUUGGUUUUGCGGUUCCGGAGGAUAAAAGAGAAGAUAUUAUGUAGGUCCUCAUAUCACCAUGCAACCAUUUAUAAACAUGUACAAACCAUUCUUAGCUCAUGGGCCUUACACAUCAGGCCGGGGCACAUCUGGCCUCGUUGGCGUUGCUUAGCAACCCCUGCCAUGCACCCUGGAAGGGCUCGGAGAAUAAGCUGCUGCGGGGUGGAAGUUUGGGGCCGCAGACCACGUCUCCUUCUGCCUUCUGUUUAGCUAUUGAGCUUGCGCACACCUGACUUAAUCCACUGUGUCUCAGGCGGGGGAGGGGGUGGGGGGAUGGGGACAGCCCAUGCUGCUGUCUGGGCCGAGCUUGCCAGUUAAAAAUAGUGACAAGUAAUAAUAUAAUACCAAGGGCUUUCCUCUCUCCCCAACUUGUUUCUCGUGUACCCCCUGUAACAACAUUAAAGGAAAACAUUUCAUUUUCAUAAUCCUUUUCAACUCCCUAUCCACACACCUGUUCUUCAGAGUAGUAUGCAUAAUUUUGAAUUUAUUUCUAAGUGAAUUAGAUGUAGAAAAGUCUUAUGUUGCUAAAAAGUAUAAUCCUCACUUACUAGUAUAUUGAUCUUACUUUUUUUCCCCCAGAAGCCAGAAGUGGGAUUUGAAGGUCUUAGAACAUUUUUUAAAAAUUAUGAAAGUAACACAUACAAAUCUUACGUAAUACUAGAGAGUAUAAAGUGAAAGUUCCCCUCCUCCUUAAAACACUAUUGCUUGUAGCAGAGGUCUUUACGUAAUACAAUUAUUUCCUCUUUUUUAAUUUUUAUAAAGCUACUUAUUUUUAAAAAAAUAUAUUUUAUUGAUUUUUUACAGAGAGGAAGGGAGAGGGAUAGAGAGUUAGAAACAUCGAUGAGAGAGAAACAUCGAUCAGCUGCCUCCUGCACACCCCCUACUGGGGAUGUGCCCGCAACCAAGGCACAUGCCCUUGACCGGAAUCGAACCCGGGACCCUUAAGUCCACAGGCCGAUGCUCUAUCCACUGAGCCAAACUGGUUAGGGCGCUACUUAUUUUUUAAUUGAUUUGAGAGAGAGAGAGAGAGGAGAGGGAGAGAGAGAGAGAGUGAAACAUUGAUGAGAGAGAAACAUUGGUCCACUGGAGCCCGCAACCCAGGCAUGUGCCUUGACCGGGAUUCUAACUGGUGACCUCUUAGUGCAUUGAACACUCAGUCAACUCAGCCACACCUGACAGGACUUUUUAAAAAUUGAUUUGAGGAAGAGAGAGGGAGAGAGAGAGAGAGAAACAUCAGUGAUGAGAGAGAGUUACUGAUCAGCUGCCUCCUGCAGGCCUCCAGCAACCUGGGCAUGUGCUCUUGAGUGGAAUCAAACCUAGGACCCUUCAGUCUGCAGGCUGACACUCUAUCCACUAAGCCAGACUAGUGGCCACUUAUCACUCUUCAGUGCCUUUUUUGCUUAUUGCAUCCUCAAUACUUAUCUAUACUAUAUCUGCCUGCCUAUCUAUCUAUCUAUCUAUCUAUCUAUCUAUCUAUCUAUCUAUAGGCUAAUAUGCAAAGUGUCCCCUUGGCAGUUCCACUGAGAGACCGGUUGUUCGAUUGCUCGCUGUGACAUGCACUGACCACCAGGGGGGGCGCGUUACGAGGGAAGGCCCAGGCCUGCAGCUGGAAGGCCCCAAUCAGCCCUGAUCACUGGCCAGGCCUAGGGACCUUACCUGUGCACAAAGUUUGUGCACUGGGCCUCUAGUUUACAAAUAAUAAGGGCCAACUAUUUAAUUACCAAAGACAUGUUUACACAAUACAGUAUACAGAUGCUGUGUUGUGGAAUUGCACAGCUGAAACCUGUAUACUUUUGUGUCACCCCAAUAAAUUCAAUAAAAAGUGGGGGGAAGACAUGCUUUGCAUGCAUUCUCAAUCUUUGCAGUCAUUACAAGAGAUGGUAUCACCUUUUUACAGAUGAGAAAGUUGAGGUUCUAAAUGGUUUGAAGCUACAUGUAGUGAGUUGAGUUAGGAUUUGGGCUCAAGUUUCCUGACUCCAAACCUGAUGCACUUCACUCCACCAUGGAGAGGGAACAUAGCAUAGCAGUUCAGUGAAUGCACACUAUGUUCACUAAAUUCACUAGGGUUUGAAUCCUAGCUCUGCUACAUACCAGCUUUGUGACCUUAGAUACAUUAUCUCAUCUUUCUGUGUCUGUUUCCUGUGACUAACGGUACCUAUGUCCUACGGAUUGUUGUGAUGAUUAAAUAUGCAUUAAUCACCUAAAA